AUGACAACACGUACUGGUUCUAAACAAGGACGUCAAGCAGCUAAAUCAAGUCUAAAAGUACCUGGAAAAGAUCAAGCAAAAAGUGAAAAACAACCAACAAAUGUAUUAGAAAUUGUUCCAGGAAAGUUUAAUGAAACAGAUUGGUUAUCAUUAUUAGAAAAUGAUGAUACUGAAGAUUUUAUUGCUGAUAUAUUUGAAAAUAUAUGGACAGAAACAUCAAAACAAAUUCAACAGAUAUAUAUUCGAAAACAAUUAUUACCAUUUACAUUAAUGAUGACAGAAAAUGCUUUAUCUAAUGUUAUUCAAGUGAAGAAAAAAAUCAUAUUUCAAAAAAAACAAAAAUUUUUUUAUUUG